UAAUUGUCACAUAUGGUUUUACGUACAGAAAUUUUUUAGCAAAUUCAACCUGCAGUCAAUGUUAGGAUUUCGUAAAAGCAAGUGAUAGAUUAAAAAAAAUAAGAUUAGGGGUUGAGAGACUCCAUUCUCUGACGUUUAUGUUCAAUGUCAAAGUGACAGUCCCUAGGGGGUCUUUGCAUGGGUUGAUCGCCUUAUUUAUCAAAUUCACAGACGAGGACGAGUAUUAUUUAUUUUUAGAUGCAACGAUGUGUCGCUCUUAUCUUUCUCUCUGCUAUUUAGGCUUCGUAUCGGCUCAAACAGUUUAGAGGCUUGCUUUCAAUCGAGAGAUACUUUAAUUAAAAAGACUGGUAAUUAACAUCAUUUUUAUCACACAAAAAUGGAUUGCAUUUUGGAUGAAACAAUUGCUUUAAUUACCAUGGAAGAAACAGAGCAGCCAGAAGUUCUGAAGCUUACAUGAUCGACUCCCGGGCAUAGGAAAUAGGAAAUUCACAUUAAUGGACAAUACUAGAUGCACCGAAGAUUCUAUUCCCCGCUUGCGACCAGGAAUUAAGACGGGUUCAUUAGUGGACAGGUAUAAUAGCAAGCGAAAGCAAUGGCCUUCACUCGAAAAUAAAUGUCAAGGCAAUAUUGUACACCUACAAAAUCAAGUGUGCAGCAAUGUUGACUUCAAUACAUUGUGUAAUUUCAAAAAUAAUUGUGGUAGCGCCGAAGCUAAUCGAGUAAAUUUCACAUCGUCGGAUAGCCACAGUAAUAAUUAUUAUCAUGAAUUAUUUACUUCAGGAUUCGACUUGGGUAAUGUAACGCCUAAUAAAUAUAAGACCGCUCAAGCCCACACAACAGGCCAUAAAAGUUGUAGAGAUAGAAUGAAAGCAAGGGCUGAAACUCGCAGAGAUAUUUUGAUCAACGAAAGCUCAGACGAAGAUUACUCCUCAAUAAAUUCUUUAUGUGAUUUACGCUUAAUGAGCCAUAAACACUCAAUAAUUAUGGAUGCCGCUAACAGUAAGAAAAGUCGAGCUGCAAGAACAGAAAGAUAUUAUCGUCGUUUGUCUAGAGAAGAUAGUUUUCGUGAAAAUGAUAAUUUUCGAGCAAAAAAUGAAUCUCAGAACAAACUACACGACACCGGUAUUUACGCAUGGAAACGCCAGAUGCACUCAUUUGCGUUUCCAAAUACAAAUCAUAUCAAAGAAUGCUGCUCCAAUUUGUCAUUCGACCAGAAUCACAGUUUUAUUGACAAUCCUAUUUACCGUAGCAUCAGAACUGACCCGCCAACAUCUUACAACAAGCAUUCUACAAUGGAAAAGAACAAUGAUAAUUUACACGUGCAUCAAAGAGAGUCUAACGGAGGUCCAGCUUAUGCUAUCAACAUGAACUACAAUAGAUUCCGUCGCUCUGAUCCUGGUAAUGAUACCAUACUGGCGUACAAAAAGGAAAGAUCCUCACAUGUACCUGAUCCCGCAAAAGACACCAAGCUGAAAGCAAAUGACUAUCAAGCUUCUGUGCAGAUCGCUCAGUUAAGAAAGCCCUCGGUUAACCCAACUCGACAUGUUAAACGGUCCUAUUCAUUUCAGAAUGAAAUUCCCAAGAAAUAUGAUGCUGCGAAUAACGUUUUAUUAACAAUGCGCAGGAUGCCAUUGACAGAUGAAGUUAGAGAAGGUAGUAAUAAUUUGAAAAACGAGUGUAAAUGGAUUGAUUUAGUGUCAUCAAAGCCCAAUUUCAGUGCAGGACAUACUGAGUCAGAUUUUAAACAAAGAACGACUUACGUACCAAAAAAAAGAAACGACUUAGCAGGACGUGAUACAAAUUCAACUAAAGCUUCGGAUUUUGGAUAUAAUUCUAAUGCAUCCAAUAAAUCGUUGACUGCCAAAGACGACACAACAACUAUCAAAAAACGCAGCUCUAAAAAUUUGGAGAAAGAGUUAUCGGAGCUUGAAAAAUUGUAUAAUAGUCUUCGACUCAGUGACGAUAAUUUGUUGGAAAGAGCAGAAGAACGAUGCAUUGAAGAAUUUAGUCAAAAGGGGCAGUCGCAGACGUUGUCAAAUAAUGAUAAAUAUCUUUCAGAAAGUUCAUCGUCCGAGUGUAUAUCAGAGGAUGGUAUAUCGGAAGAAAAAUAUAUACAGCAAUCAACUGAGGCUGCACAUGUUAUUAAUGAUGAUAUGGCUUAUAGAAAAAUGCAGUCUAACAAAAUGCCAGCGCUGUCAGAAACUCAGAAUUCUCUAUCGCAGAUAAGUUAUUUGCUCGCAUCUUCUGCCCUCAUACUUGACAAUAAAACUGAGUAUCCAGAUUUUAUAGAUAAAGUAACCAAAGAGGAACCAAAUAUAACAAAAGAUGAUAUGGUUUAUCGCAACUUACAUUACACAAAUAAUGUCCUCAAGGUCGUGGAGCCCCAACCACCUUUUGGAAUACCUCUUAGACCGGCAACUCCUUCAACGAACAGCAAUUACUUGUGCUCAACUCCGGUAGCAUUGAAAAGUCCUCCGUUAACAUAUGUGCCUCAAAGUGAGCCAAAUCUUAUUACGGAUGAUCUGGCAUUUAGAAAUCUUCGUAAAGAUGCACCUAAAUCACCUCCAUCAGUUAUAGAUAAUCCAAACGAAGUGAAUAUUUUUCUAUUCAAAAACGACUUAGACAAGUCAUUAAGCGAUGAUAAGUUCUGUAAAAAGAAAAAGAAAGCAGUCCGAUCAUUAUCAGCAAAUUUAUAUGGGCUGAUAAAGGAUGUACAUAAUUUAGAGUUGAACGUUAAAUAAAUCAUUCGGUAUUAUAAAACUCUAAAUUAUCAGAUUAACAGCUUUUUAGUAUGGAUUAUUUCUAAUACUUAUAUUUUUGUGUCCACAAUUACCCAAAGUAGCAAAUUUUUCUUUUUUUUUUUCAGAAAGUGCAUGACAAAAUAAAAAUUAAUCAACCCAUAACUUGGGACUCUGUUGCCAAAGAAAAUUUGAUCAUGCAAAGAAUUGACUGUUCAUGUUGGAGAAAAAUUUAUUUAUAAGUUUACAGGAACCGCUCAAAUUUUAUCUAGAGUAGGCUGAGCAGGCAUUGCGGAGUCCUCGCUUUUAGAGAAAAAAAAAUAUUGCAUUCUGCUUAGCUUUUACAGUGUCAAUAAUUAAUUCAAUAUCAUUGGGCAGCAAGUUGUUUUUUCUGUUCCUUAGUUCGUUAUAGAAUAAGAUUUAUUAUACCCGAGGUCUCGAAGAAAUGUAUUUAAAGAAAAGUGAUUGUUAAGAUAUAUAUUUUUGAUUAUACACGUUAUAUAUAUAUGAAUCGAAAAAAAACUCUGUUAACUAUAUUUUAUAGUAAUGUAUGCAAAUGAUUGAUUUACAUGAAAUAAAUUUUGAAUUUACAAUGUUA